AAAAUUUACUGAUAUUAUAGCUUUUACAAACCAUACAAUAUAUAUAAACAUAUUGUUGAAAUUAUGUAUGGAUGCAUGUCUUCCCUCUGGAGCAAGGAAUUGGCAAAAAAAUAAAAAGGAUGAAAGAAGAAGAAGAAGAAGAAGAUGGCAUAUACCUUCCUUACGUGCUCUGCUAAUUAAUCAAUUGAUUAUAUUAUGGUGACCUCACAUAGCGGCCGCCCGCGCUCGCAUACAUGGCAUGGCGCCGAAACUCAUUCUACGGCGCGGCGACCGCACCAACCCUCUGAUCUGGGCGCUCGCCAUCAUCUGCGCGGGCUUUGCUGUGGCCGUCAUCCUCAUCGGCCUCGUUAUCUUUGCCAUCUUCCUCGUCUACCAACCCAAGACCCCUUACAUUAGGGUUUCGACCGCCCAUCUGGAUGUCCUCGACUACGACCAGAUGGGUCUGCUGACCACUCAAUUGUCCCUCACGCUUGUGGCCGUCAAUCCCAACAUGCGAGCGCACGUCACUUUGUCGGAACUGGAGUUAGCCCUGCGCUUCGACGAAGGGGGGAUCGAGCUGGCCCAGCUGCGAGCGGAGGAUCUGAGCGUGAAGAAGAAUGGAUCGGCAGCGCUCAACUACGUGGUGAGGUCGGAGGCGGUGCCGCUUGAUGAGACGGCGAGAGAGGCAGUGGAUGCGUCCCUCAAGGAAGGGAUUAUCAGUUUCCGAUUGGAGGGUCAGGUCAGAACCAGGUGGAGGGUUGGAGUCUUUGCGUCCGUCAAGCUGUGGACGCGUCUUUCCUGCGCUCUAAGAUUCGGGGUUUUGAAUGGCACCGCCGUCCGAUUACACUGCAGCUCCAAGUCUCACUGAUCGCCGCCGCCGCCUGAAAAAGCUUUGAGCUGGCCUUACUGUCGAUAAUCUUAAAUUUUUUUUUUUUUUUUUU